AUGAGCCAAAACAUUAUUAAUCAGAAUAAAUGGAACCAAACAGGAUGGAGGAUCGAGCAGCAAUAUGGCAACAAAGUGCUGCUGGGCAAUUGGGCUGAAGAUAGACUGCAAUUCACUCAGGAGCCAAAGAUAGCCAACAGCACCAGUCAUGUAGACUACCGGCCCCAUUGGGACUUUAAACCAGACGUCUUGGAGAGAAGAUCUGCCCUGCUGAGAGCUGAGGGACUUCCAUACAAGAUGAUGUUUGGUCAUCAUUACCCGUCACCCUCAGAUUUUUUGGCAACAGAGUAUAAGCAAAGCUAUGCAAAAAAAUACAACAAUCAUUUGCCAACUGUGAGACACUGGGGUCCAGACAACGUCACACCUGAGAAAUCUAACUGCUCAAAUUCUGCCUUUUCAGCCACCUCCGGCCCGCUGAAGUCUACAAACCACAGUUGUGAAAAACUGAAUUCACAACUUCCAGCACUGACUGUGUAUCAGUCGACGUAUCAAAGCCAUGCACUUGGAGCCUACUGCAAGAACCGGUUUGCCAGAGCAUCACGAACUCUCUCCAGCCAUCUGUACCCAACUAAUCACAUCAACAAGGACCUGGACCUGAGACAGCACUUGCUUCUACAAGUCCCCGAUGUUUGUUUCAGUCAGCAAAUGAUAAAAUAG